UCCCAGCUUCCGGGGUAAACGGAAGACAUCAGAAAGAGCACAUCGAAUGAGAAAGACGCUAAUAAGUCAGUCCUAUUAUUUUUUCUCCAGUUUGAAAUAUUUACGUCGUAUAAAAUACAUAUUUGAUUCUUUAUUUAAGGAUAAAGUGGUCUGGAUGCGCUAGAAGCACUGUGCUGCUUCUCGUGCUAUCUUUGCUUGUUAGUUAGCUUAGCUCGCUAGUUAGCUUAGCUUGUUAGCUGCUAACAGAAGACACAGAAGUUAUCAACACAUCGCUAAGUAGAGAUCAAGUGUGAGAGUAAAGUGUUGUGAUUGUGUGAAAAUGUCUACAUUACAAAUGUUGAGAGCGUUGGUGGAUCAGCGACUAACUGCUGCCGUUGAAGAAAUAUUUGUAGUGUUAGAAAGAACGAUAGCAGAAUACCAGGCGGAACUUUCUAGAACUAAAGAGGAGAACAAUCAACUACUGGACGCUGUUUUCAAGAAACAUCAAGUUGUGUUACACAGAACAGACGUCGAAGAACAUAUUUUUCGUGAGCAGGAAGAGGAACCACAGUCCCCCCACAUUAAAGAGGAAGUUGAGACGCCACAGACCCAUAGUGUUAAACUGACCCUUCACAUUAAAGGGCAAGCGGAGGACCCACUGAACUUACACAUCAAAAAUAAAGAGGAGGACCCACUGACCCCUCACAUUAAACAGGAAGAGGAGUACCCACUGACCCCUUACUUCAAAGAGGAAGAGGAGGACCAAGAGCCGCCGCAGAUUAAAGAGGAAGAGGAGGAAAAGGGCAUCAGUCAGCCUAAAUGGUUGGAGGAGUUCCCAGUGACUGGUGUCCCUGUGAAGAGUGAAGAUGAUGAGGUGAAAGGUGAAAGUGAGGAGAGGGGAGGGGGGGAGCCUCCAAGCAGCAGCUCAACACAACACAUGACAACAGAAGCUGAUGGAGACCACUGUGGAGGAUCACAAGCAGACAAGCUCUUAGCUCCACUAUCAGAUAGUGAGGACACAACGUCACACUCUCCUGACACUGAUGAUGAAGACUCUAAAGAUGAUAAGACAUGUCACACUGACAACACUCACUUCACAUGUUCUCACUGUCACAAAACCUUUCAAUACCAUUGUAGUCUGAAAAGACACAUGAGAACACACACUGGAGAAAAACCUUUUUCUUGUUCACUCUGUAGUAAAGGUUUUGCACAAAGUCACGAUUUGAAAAGACACAUGAGAACACACACUGGAGAAAAACCUUUUUCUUGUUCAAUAUGUGGUAAAGGUUUUACACAACGUCAAAAUUUGAAAGUACACAUGAGAACACACUGGUGAAAAAAACGUUUCUUGUUCAAUCUGUGGUAAAGGUUUUGCACAAAGUAAUAAUUUGAAAAGACACAAGAGAACACACACUGGAGAAAAACCUUUUUCCUGUUCGACCUGUGGUAAAGGUUUUACAAGAAGUACAUAUGCGAAAGUACACACGAGAACACACACUGGUGAAAAAUCACAUUCCUGUUCAAUCUGCAACAGAAGCUUUUGUUGACGAUCAACCCUUGUAGCACACAUGAGAAGACACCCAGGAGAGAAAGUGUUGAGUUGCAGUGUGUGUGGUGAAAGAUUGUCUUCUAAGUACCAGUGUAAGAAACACAAGUGUGCUGGUGAGAACAGCAGCAGCAAAUGAAACUGCAGGAUUUGAAAUAAACUGUCCAGACUUUCAUUUUGACUUUCUAACAACAUCAUCACAUAUAACAUGUGUGACAUUGUUGUUUGUCUAACAAUCUGUUCAAUAUGCUUCUACAUUUAUAGAUUAGACAGUUUGAAAUAUAAAAGUAUUACUUAUUUGUAGUUGUAAUUGUUGAUAAUCCCAUAGAUUAUCACCUUUAUAUGAUAUACAUAUGUACUGGUUCACAUCUGAAACAUCUUCUGGACCACUUCAGGAAGCAUAUUAUUAUUUACUUUAUACAUCAUUUGAACAGUUGUCUUUUAUACAAUUUUAAAAUGUGUGACUUUAUGAAUCAUUUGUUGGGUCUCUAUAAUCCAUUUUAUUAAUCAUCUUUACUACUCUCUUUUGUAAUAUGAUGAUUGUGUUGUGAUUUUUUUAUACUUUAACUUAAUAUGUAUGUACUUGUACGUUUAUGCAAUAAAAAGUGAGAGAAAAUGGC